UCGCCGUCAUGUUCGAUAACGUAACACCAGAGAGGGCGAUUUCCUUUACGAAGUACAGUGUAAUCGUGACUGCUUUGUGGCCGCUUCCCCCGACAGCGACCAAGUUCGAGAGGAUCCGUUACACAGCUCUAAGAACAUUCUUCACAAUGAACGCGAUCUCGCUUCUACUCGCUCUGCUCAACGCGAUACGCGUACACAAGGAAUCCCCGAUGGAAGUAACCAGAGCAGUACAGAUGAGCUCGGCUCUCUUUAUGCUACUUGCCAACACCGUCUCCGGUGUUUAUCAAUACGAUCGAUUUCAGCGUGUGCUCGAGGAAGUGAAAAACUACCUGGAGAACGCGGAACUGUACGAGAGGAGCGUUCUCCAGAAGUACAUCGACAACCAUUGCGCUUUAUACGGGGUGUUGGGAGUAUGGGUCUACGUGUCGGCACUUGUUUUUAUCGUUGGAUUCAUUCCCACACCGGACCCCAUGCCCUGCAACGCAGUGUAUCCGUUUCGUAUCGAUCACGAGCCCCUGCAUACGAUCGUUCUUCUACACCAAUGCGUCGCCGCCCUGCAGAUCGUCUCGAAUUUAAAUCUUAAUAUACAGACGGCUUUAUUAACAUUCUUCAGCGCGGCACGCUUUGAGAUUUUAAUGAUAAAAAUGCGGGACGUUAAGGACGCUGUUAUGUUAGCGACGUGCAUGGCGCAGUAUCACGAUAUAAAACGGUUUGCGCGGGAAGUGAUUGCAGCGACUUUACCCUAUUGUUUUAUAACGGUCGCUUCGAGCUUUUUCGUAGUCAUCUUUAGUGCUGUCUGCCUGUUCGUAAAUCUACCAGACACUAUGAAAAUACAGUUCUGUAUGCACUGCAUAAGCGGAUUGACAGAGACGUUUAUCUGUGCAUUGCCCUGCGAUUACUUGAUGAAUAUGAGUGGGAACGUGAUGAGCGGACUGUACGAAUCAGACUGGUACAACCGAGCACGAGAACUGAAGAUGUCUAUACUAAUUGGUUUGACUCCUCAGGCCCCAUUAAUAGUAAAAAUCCCGGGUUUACUGUCAGGCCUCACAUUAAGCUUUUUCAGUUCGUUCCUCUCGAAUGUAUUUUCCAUGUUUACGGUUAUGCGAGUCAUGAUGAUAGGAGACGAUUAAUUGGAAACAUCGCUAAUGUGUGAAACAAAAGCCAGUUAAUACUAGCAGGAAAUAAAUGAAUUUGUAACAAUUGUGUAGAACAAUAUUUUAUUUCUGAUUACGGACUUAAGGAAUGUAUCAAUGGGUAGCUGACAAGUUACAAUUAGAGUUACUGUUACUUAUUCUAAUGCUAACUGAACGAGAAUUAACCACCUCACGUGUC